CCUGUGCUAUGGUCAUGACGGCGGCGAUGGCUCAAGAACUGGUGGGAAGAUGCUGAAAGCUGCUUGUGACGAUGUGCAUGGAGGUGCGUCAGCCUGGAUAUAUUCACGGAGCAGGGAAAGUCGAAGCUACAACGGCACCAAUACUGAUGACCACCCUCUUGGGUCGAUAUACGGAAUGGCAGACACCAGCUCUGUCUGCGAGGGCAUAUUCCUGUGCCUGCCUGCCCGAUGCCCGACUUGCGCAUGUGUGGCAAGGAGUCGUGCGAGAACCACUGGUCUAACCGACCGUUGCACCCGUCCUCAUCACUGCUCCGGACGAGAGCAACGGCACACUAGCACGCCUCCGUCUGCAUGGGUCAGCUAGCAGAGGAGGGGGGUUUCUCGCAGUGACCUGGAUGGUAC